AUCGGUUAUGGACAUUUCUUACAACGUUAUAAUCCCUUGAUCAUGACUCGUAGUCGUGCAUGCUCACCUCCCCGAGGCGAGCAAAUUCCUAUCGUAUCCUAUGACUCGGGAUCAUCCUCGAUCCUUUUAUGACUUUCAAGAAAAGAUACGUUGAGACGUCGCAACAGUGAGUACUACUACUGCUACCUACCUUCAUACAAGACCUAAAAAGAUGUUGUGGAUUGCGCGUCCCCUAUUUGGGGGCCUUAGUAUAGGUUCUAUGGUAAAAUGCGCAGACAAUUGCGGUGUCGUGAAAGCACGAAUAUCGGCAAUUGGGGUACAAGCCUUUCAUCAAUUUGGUCCUUUAUUUUACAAGAUCAAGAUGACUUGAUGCUGUUCCUCUUCUAUGCGUACUAGAGUAAUCUUCUUCAUCCUAAACUACAUACUUGAUCUCCCGCUCUCUGGUGCACAACGAAGUUGAACCAACGACCACUGAUCCAUCUAUCCAUCGCCUCUGAAUCAUAAUCAUCUAUCCAUCGAUUAUCUCUAUCAGCGCCAAAAAAAAAGUUGCGGUGGCAUUGGACAACGCUGUCGCGCGAACAUUCGAGAUAAGAACGAGGCGUACUGGGGACCGCGAAAGAUCAAAGGCUUGAUUGUGCGCCGCCGAGCCUCCACUAUGCGCCGUGACGGGAGUACCAUAAAGUUCGAUGACAACGCUAUUUUGAUCAUCAAAAAGAAUAAAUGUUUGGGCACAAAAGUGAAAGGUCCAGUUGCCUACGAAAUGCGGCACAGCUGCAAAUCUCUAGCGAGAUGGAUCUUUUAGUACUACUUACUACUAUUCCUUCGUAGAAAGAUCUUGAUGGAGGAUUCCUCGUAGACCUUAAUCCUGCAUAAGAUUUGUGCACAAAGAAGACGAUGGGAACUUCUAAGAAAUUUAAGGAACGAAGUUCAACAUUGAAUUUGAAAUCAGACGAAAAUGAAUCCUUUUGCUUGGCGGGUCCUCGCACCAUCUGUAGUACCACAUUUGAUAGAUCCAUCAACGUGAGCGUGAGCAUGUCCGUGCCCGCUCUUGUGUGGUUGUUUCGCGUUACGCGUUGAAUGCUCUAGGAAGUGUUUGACUAGAAGAAAAAAAUGAAUGAUGAAAGUGCGAGGUCGGCUGUAAUCUUGUCAGUGUCAGAUGAAUGAAAUCGUAACCGAACAAUAAAGGUCGUUCAAAAAUAUAGUGUCGUCUCAAGGAGCUCAACUCGAAUUUUUGCCAAAAAUAUCUUCUCUCUUUGCUGAUCUACACUUGGAAAAUGUUUGAAAUUGGAUCGCGCUAGGCGGGUCGUGUGGACGGCAUCGCCAUCAAAGACGAGGUCCAUUUUUUGGAAAUGACAUGACAUGGAGCAGCGUCCGUGUACAUUCACCAUCGACAACACCUGCUCACGACAACUGACGCGAUUGACCUUGCUGGGGCAAAAUAAAUACUAUCACUCUAUCUUUCAUCUCCCAAAUCCAAAAAUUUUAUAUCCAGGCGACAAUUGUAUGUAGAUGUACUAUCGCGGGUCUUCGCCUUCGCGUUGUGUAUUAAUUUUUCUUUUCCACUUGCUGCUGCCAACAC